AUGGCGUCCGAACAACUUCCCGCAUCGAUGAAAGCAUACAUCCUGGAAGAAUUCGGUCAACCCUACCAACUGCGUGAUAUCCCUCUUCCUAUAAUCGAGCAUCCAGAUGACAUCUUGAUUCGUGUCGAUGCAGGAUCAUACUGCCAUACAGACGCUGUGGUGGCGGCUGGCACCAUGCAUCCACCACCGCUUCCACACAUUGGCUGCCAUGAAUACGCCGGAACAGUGGUGGCCCUUCCACGGGGAAAGUCAUCGAAUCACGGCUUGAAGAUCGGAGACACUGUCGCUGUGUCAGGCCGUGGCUAUCAUGUUUGUGAGAAAUGCCGUGAAUGCCAGAAUCCUUCCGGUCCGGUUCCUGAUGAGCCUGGAUUUUCGGUGUACUGCCCUUGGACUCAUGGCGGCCUCGGCGUUCACGGACCUGGAGGAUUUCGAGAAUAUGCGAUAGUAGAUUCGAAGCAAGUGUCACCGAUUCCGGAUCAGAUGACUGCUGUUGAAGUCGCCCCGCUGAUGUGCGCUGGACUUACGAUUUAUGCGGCUCUGAUGAAGUGCAGCCUUCAACAGGGACAGAGAGUCGGGUUUAUAGGCUGUGGAGGUGGCUUGGGACAUUUGGGUCUACAAUUUGCGACAAAGAUGGGGCUUAAGGCGCUAGGCGUUGACAUUGCGCCCGCAGCCUUGGAGUUUGCGCAGGAGCUGGGAACUGGUGCAGACAUUGUGGACGCCUCAAAAACCAAAGCUGACGAAAUUCGCCAACAGUUAGGUCAAACGGACGGCGCGGCACACAUCUCGGAGAUGGGACUUGAUGCUGUCCUAAUUCUGACUGACAGUCAGCAGUCAUUCGACUAUGGCGUAGAUCUGGUCCGCAAUGGAGGAUUGGUUGUCGUUGUAUCGUUUCCACCCGAGGGAUUUCAGGUAUCAGCAGCAGACUUGGUAUUUCGGCGAAUACGGUUAGAGGGAACGCUAAUAGGUUCAAACAAGGCUAUGAAGGAGAUGUUGGACUUUUGUGUGAAGUAUGAUGUCAAAGCACGAGUCAAGACUUAUCCUUUCACCAAACUGAAUGAGCUUGUUGAGGCGUAUCACUCUGGAACUCCUGGCAAGCUGGUAGUGGACUUCUCGAUGAGGAAUUAA